ACUGAGACUUUUCAGGACUUCAUGGAACUCGCCUUCAAAGCGGCGACCGAAGCUUUGGACAACCAGGAAGUCCCCGUCGGGUGCGUUUUUGUUCUGGACGGUAAAGUCAUCGCGACAGGAAGAAACCGUGUCAAUGAAACGAAGAACGCUUGUAUGCACGCCGAGUUCGUCUGUCUGAAUCAGGUGGUCGCAAAUCAGGGUCGGGAAGUUUUGCCAAGACUCGAAGUCUACGUCACAGUCGAGCCAUGUAUAAUGUGUGCGGCGAUGCUGGGUCAGAUCGGGGUGAGGAAAAUUGUUUACGGUGCUCCGAACGAUCGUUUCGGAGGUCUAGGUAGUGUUCUCGAUAUUCUACGAGGAAACUCGCGAGUCGCUAUCACGUCCGGAGUUCAGAAGGAACGCGCCGUAGCCCUGUUGAAGAAAUUUUAUACGGGUCAGAACCCCAACACCGAAUGCCUAAAAAGAAAGAAUAAAUGACAAUUCCU